CUUGUCCACCUCCCCCUCUUCUCCUCUCUUCUCUUCCGCCGGUCAACCCAGCGUCCGUCCCGAUCCAUGUCGCUCGACGAGGUCUCCCGCAAGUCCCCCGCGCCGCCGGCGUCCCCGCCGCGGAUGGACUCGUGGGCUCGAGGCGGGCGCCGCACCAAGCGCCGUGGCGGCGCCGGGAGCGGCAGCUUCGGCGGCGGCGCCGAGUCCGACGACGAGUACGUCGCGCUCUGCCUCGUCAUGAUGGCGCGCGGCGUCCGCGGCGACGCCGACGAGGACUUCGCCGUCGUCAAGGGCGUGGGCGUUGCCGCCCCGAGGAGGCCGCACGGGUACGAGUGCUCCGUGUGCGGCAAGGUGUACGCGUCCUACCAGGCGCUCGGCGGCCACAAGACGAGCCACCGGAAGCCGCCAGCACCGCCUGCGCAAUCGGCGCCCGCGGGCGGCGGCGACGAGGCCUCCGCAGGCGGCGCCGUCGCGGAGGCGAGGGUGCACCGGUGCUCCCUCUGCGACCGCACGUUCCCGUCGGGCCAGGCGCUGGGCGGGCACAAGCGCCUGCACUACGAGGGCGGGGCCGCCGCGGCCGAGGCCCUCGGCGGCGGCAAGGACAAGGAGGCCGCCAAGGCCAAGGCGGCCGCGCUGCUCAGGGACUUCGACCUGAACCUCCCCGCGGCGGCUUCCGAGGCCGAGAGCGGCCCGCCGGAGGCCAAGAGGGCGCGGACGGCGAUGCUUCUGGCAGCAGUCUGAUCGGCGGCGGCGGCGCGGUUUAGGUUUUGGUGGUUUUUAGGAUAGGUUCAUUUCGAUUAUUGCCAUUUGGUUGAUUGCUUGAUUUGUUCUCUGCCUCCGGACGGGAAAUUGUGCGCUGGUGGAGGGUGUUGAUAUGGUAAGCGCAGCCAGCGUUUGCGUGGCGCCGUGGUGUUACCGAAACUUUACUUUGCCCGUGGUUUGACUCUCGCCGUCGGAUAAAGAAAUCCGACGGCUAGCUGGGAUCGGACUUUCUUGUGACCCUUGGUCAAAACUAUAUAAAGAAACUUUCCUUCUUC